CUUCCCGUUAAGCAAGGAGAACGCGGUAAAACAAGGGGAGGGUAGCAUGGCGUCCGACAGCAACAUGGCUAACGUUAACGGACAAGAGGCUGCUUCCCUGAACCUGAACGGCGAGCCGGUGGUUAAGCGGCCGAGGGAGAACGUCCAGCAGGACGUGUCGCUCCGCAUCCCGAAGGAGCCCCAGAACAAAAUGACCGUGGUGCUCGGAGCUCAGUGGGGCGACGAGGGCAAGGGAAAAGUUGUGGACUUGCUCGCAAUGGAUGCGGAUAUUGUAUGCAGGUGCCAGGGAGGAAACAAUGCAGGUCACACGGUGGUGGUGGACACGGUGGAGUACGACUUUCACCUGCUGCCCAGCGGCGUGCUCAACAAGAAGGCCAUCUCAUUCAUUGGGAAUGGAGUGGUGAUCCACCUGCCAGGUCUGUUUGAAGAGGCAGAAAAGAAUCUGCGGAAGGGCAAAGGAUUACAAGGGUGGGAGGAGAGAUUAAAGAUUUCUGAUCGGGCCCACAUUGUGUUCAACUUCCAUCAGGCUGCUGAUGGGAUCCAGGAGCAGCAGCGGCAGCAGCAGGAAGGGAAAAAUUUAGGGACCACUAAGAAAGGCAUCGGACCCGCCUACUCAUCCAAAGCAGCUCGGAACGGGCUGAGAGUCUGUGAUCUCGUCUCAGAUUUCAAGGUUUUUGAAGAGAAGUUCCGAAUGUUGGCGGAUCACUUCUUAACCAUGUAUCCAAACCUCAACGUUGAUAUCAAAGAGGAACUUAAGCAGCUGAAGGAAUAUGCAGAGAAACUGCGCCCUCUGGUGACUGACGGUGUGUACUUCAUGCACAAAGCUCUCACUGGUCCCAGUAAGAAAAUCCUGGUGGAGGGAGCCAAUGCUGCUCUCCUGGACAUUGACUUUGGGACGUAUCCUUUCGUAACGUCUUCGAACUGCACUGUUGGAGGUGUCUGCACCGGUCUUGGUGUGCCUCCCUCCUACGUUGGCAGGGUCUACGGCGUCGUUAAAGCCUAUACAACCCGGGUGGGAGUUGGUGCUUUUCCAACAGAGCAGGAUAAUGAGAUCGGUGAUCUGCUACAGACCAGAGGGAGAGAGUUCGGUGUGACGACGGGCCGGAGGAGGCGCUGCGGUUGGCUGGACCUGAUUUUGGUCCGAUACGCCCACAUGGUCAACGGAUUCUCAGCAAUUGCUUUGACAAAGCUGGACAUCCUGGACACGCUGCCAGAGAUUAAAGUGGGCGUGGCUUACAAGGUUGAUGGGCAACCCCUACCAAGCUUCCCGGCAAACAUGGACGUUUUGACGCGGGUGUCGGUGGAUUACAAGACGUUGCCCGGCUGGUGCUGCAGCACUGAGACAGCCAGGAGCUUCGAGGAGUUGCCUCCACAGGCACAAAAUUACAUUGGCUUCAUCGAGGACUUCCUGCAAGUGCCAGUGAAGUGGGUCGGAGUGGGAAAGUCUAGAGAAAGCAUGAUCAAACUGUUCUGAUCCCAGGACGAGCUUCAUGCCAACAGUAAAGGUUUCACACUUACCGAGCAGUUGAAAAUGCACCAGCAAGACCAGCUGUGAAACCUUUAGUUGCUGCUUGUGUGCCACAAUAACAUGAAGUCUUCAGAUCUAAUUUAUGCAUUUCUAUCUAUCUAUCUAUCUAUCUAUCUAUCUAUCUAUCUAUCUAUCUAUCUAUCUAUCUAUCUAUCUAUCUAUCUAUCUAUCUAUCUAUCUAUCUAUCUGUCUGUCUGUCUGUCUGUCUGUCUGU